AUGGCGGCCUCAGCUGCUGUCCGGUCGAGCAUGGGGCUGACUUUGAGACUUUCUCGAGUAAUACCGGACUGUAGCACAUGUCCGCUGUACAGGCUGAAGAGCUGUGGGAACGGCGCAACUAAUCAACAAAGGGGAGGCUCCAUCGAUAGUUUCCGAACGAUUAAUCGACAUUUGCAGACCAGUAUAGGUCUUUAUCACAGUGAGGAGGGGAGCUCCAACUCAGAGGACCCAGACGACGUGGUCAAUGUGGUGUAUAUAGAUCGGUCCGGCAAGAGGAUCCCUGUUAAGGCCAAAGUGGGAGACAAUGUUCUUUACCUGGCACACAAGCAUGGAAUUGAACUUGAAGGAGCCUGUGAGGCAUCGCUUGCCUGCUCAACUUGUCAGGUCUAUGUGAGUGAUGCUCAUUUUGACAAACUGCCAGAUCCUGAGGAGAGGGAGGAUGAUAUGUUGGACAUGGCGCCCAUGCUUCAGGAGAACUCCCGGCUGGGAUGCCAGAUCAUUCUCACUCCAGAACUUGACGGCAUCGAGCUGACCUUGCCCAAAGUCACCAGGAACUUCUAUGUGGAUGGCCAUGUUCCCACACCUCACUGAGAAGAAGCACAUAUGAUGGACGAAGGGGAUUGGAGCAAAAUGAGAGGGUGUCGCUGCGAGCUAGACACCAUGUGUGCUGGUUGAGUGAGGGGGCGACCACGAAGAGACGCAGAGCUAGGAUAGUAAAGUCCGUAGCAACUCCCAAGAUGUCUUGCCGACUGACAAUUUCCGCAGUUAACCAAUGACAGGACAGGGCUGCAGACAAUAUCAGGCAGUCAGACACAAGUCUCACUGAAGGUGAAAUUAAUGGUUACUUCCAAAAAAAACUGUGAUGUUUUAACUGACAGUGUAUUUAUUUAUGUGGAGUUUUCUCAGGCCAGCAUUUACACCAUUCAAUCUCACAGACUGUUCUUUGUUAAAACACCAGGGGAGGUCAGGGACAUUCAUGUUUUUGUUGCAGAGCAGUUUUCUUUUAACAAAGUCCUUUGUGUCAUUGAAUGGAACAUUCCUUGUUACAGCUCAUAUACGCACAAGUAUCACAUGUUCUUAUCAUUUCAGCCAAUCCAUAAUCAUCACCUUAAUUCACUUGAAAGGUAUUGUAUACAUAGCAUUAGCUUUAAUUGUCAUGUACCAAGUUCAUUUGUAGGUUUUAUGAUGGCUCAUCAACAUAGAGCAUACCGACUGUAGUUUCAGGCAACUCAGACAUGUACUGAAGCUCAGAGGGAGGGGGGAGUGAUUAACAAAGCAAAAUAUAAAAUUUAAAUCUUAACUUUUACUUACUAUAAACAAAAAACAAAUCCUAGGGCAUCAGCUGAUAAUCAUUUUCUUCAAGUGUUAGAUCAAAACUGACUUUGAUAAUUAUCACAAGGGGAAGAACAACAGUGCUGUUGAGACCCAGCUGUUUCUCUAUGGUGACUGAUUAAAGCUUGAUUUGUUAAUGUGGCUCAUUUGUGCUCACAUGGAAAGGAGAGGUGUCUGUUUUUGAAGCUGGUGGGCUUCAUGUUACUAUGGAAUGAGUUUACCACAUCUACCAUUUACAUAAGUCUACUGUACUUGUCCAACUUAUGCACAGAUGUAAGUGUAUAUAAUGCCUUUAGGAAUUACAAAUGUUUAAAGUUGUGCAAUAAAAUGCUUUUAA